CACAGAACAACUUAGUAUUAAGACAGAUGCUGAAACUCUGCGAUGGCAGCCGCAAUUCUAAUAAGUUUAUUGUGUGGUGCAGCUGUAGUGUGUUGGUAUUGGAUCCGAUCCAAAGCCACAUACUUUGAGCGUCUGGGAUUUUUGUCGAAACGACCAACAUUUCCACACGGUAAUUUGAAAGGAGUCGAUACGGAAUUCCACCUGAGUCAUGUCCUGAAACAGUUAUACGAAGAGUUCAAAAACAAAAGUGCCGCGCACGGACUAUAUCGGUCCUUGCUGAGUCCGAUCUUUGUCGUCACCGAUUUGGAUGUGAUUAAAGACAUUCUAAUCAAAGAUUUCGACAAUUUCCGCAACAGAGGAAUAAUAAAGCUUGAGCAUGACAUACUGUUCAAUCAUUUGUUUUCCAUCCAGGACGAGCCGUGGAAAACGAUGCGUAGCAACUUGUCGCCCUCAUUUACCAGUGGUAAAAUGAAGAUCAUGUUUCACACGGUGGUUGACAUAUCUCAUCAAUUGGUUGCUUAUAUGAAGGAACAAGAUGUAGAGGUUGUAGACGUGAAAGAAGUUUUGGGAAGAUUUACAACGGAUGUGAUUGGAAAUGUAGCAUUUGGAUUGGAGUCGAAUUCAUUGCAAGAGCCAAACUCAAUGUUUCGUAAAAUGGGAUUAAAGUUUUUCAGUUCGGACCGCAUACAACUAUUGAAAAUUUUUAUGCUGAGGGCAUUUCCAGCUAUUGCUAGGCAGCUGAAAAUUUGCCUAACACCGACAGAUGUGACCGACUUUUUCGUUGGCAUCAUUCGCGAUACUGUGGAUUAUCGGCGGAAGAACAAAAUCGAAAGGAAAGAUUUCUUGGAUCUGUUGUUGAAAGUAGAUAACGGUGGCAGACCGUUGUCGUUGAAUGAAAUGACGGCCCAGAGUUUUUUGUUCUGGAUUGCCGGAUUUGAAUCUAGUAGCAGUACCGCCACUUUCUGCUUGUAUUUGCUGUCAAUCAAUCAGAACAUUCAGGACGAACUGAGAAAUGAAAUCCGAAGUACUUUGUCCAAAUACGACAAUCAGCUUACCUAUGAAGCGAUGGUGGAAAUGAAAUAUCUACAAAUGGUUAUCGAUGAGACUCUACGUCUGUAUGGCACAGUUGUCAAUUUAGUGCGACAAGCGGAAAAAGACUACCGGAUUCCGAAUACAGAACUGGUGAUACCGAAAGGCAAACGAAUUUUCAUACCCAUUCAUGCUAUCCAUCAUGAUCCUGAAUAUUAUCCUGAACCGGACAAAUUCAUUCCGGAACGUUUUUCUGACGAUAACAAGAACACCAGACAUCCAAUGGCGCAUCUUCCGUUCGGAAAUGGCCCAAGAAAUUGCCUCGGUUUACGCUUCGGAUUGAUGCAAACAAAAAUUUCGAUAAUUCAGUUGCUAAUGAACUUCAAAUUUUCACCAUCGUCGCAAACACCCAUUCCAAUGGUGUUGCAUCCUUCAGCAUUGGUUUUGUCGCCUCGUGAUGUCAUACAUUUGAAAAUCGAACAAUUGUAGUUUAUGGCAACGCGUGAAAGAAACUUAACACUUGUUUCAAUGUCUCGUUACAUCUUUCCAAUAAAUUCAAGAAAGGAGUUUGCAUUUUUGGUUCUCCAAUAAACGAGUGAAAG